CUGUGGCUUGUGUACAUGACAACCGGCCGGUGCCGGCGCCGUACCGUGAACUCGCUCCCUACAAUCAUUCAUUCACAGUGCGAUGCCGAGUGCGUAAGACGCGUGUCGUCCACGCAACCGAAAACAGUUCACGACCGGUACGGCCGUAAUCCAUUACGUGAAAAUGUGACAAUAUCGUAAUAAGUUGAGAGAAGCUCACCCCGAGCUGUGAACCAUCGCUAAGUGUUAUCAGUGUAAGCAAGAAUAUCAUCGUACACUAUAAAUUCAAUAAUAGGCAAGAAAAGGAAUGCCGCAAGCUGUCACUUCUUCCAAUUAAGAUGGAAAACCACGCGUACGAGGACGAACCAUCCUCGCCGUGUACAGUCACGCGAGAAUACACUCGACUCGAGGAGACUCCUGUGGCGAAUGUAAAUUCGAUUCAGCCAAGGGAAUUAUUUCGAGAAUUGUCAGAGUCACAUCCGGACGCACAUGUCUACGAGGACAUAGCAUCCGCUCUUACCGAUGAGGUCUUACGGUUACCGUCAACAGUGCCCAGGGAGAUGCCGAGAGAGGACGAGGAUGAUAAUUACGAGGGGGAAGUGAACGACAGGGAAGACAUUUUCAGUAUAUCAAAAAAUGUGCCGUGCUCGAGAGCCAAUGGAAACUUACCUGGUAGCGUGGAGAGUUUAAAUUCGUUUCAUCGAAAUUUAACAUUGCCACUUAGAAAAUCACGGCCUAACGAAAAGACUGUAACCAGCUCGGCGUGUGUUAUCAGCAGGGAAAAAACGAAGGUACGGUCGGUACAGGAGGGACCGCCGGAAGGUAGAGAUAACUUUGAAGUGGAAUGUGUGCCAAAUUCCGGGAGACACAGCAGAAGACGUAGAAAGAAGGAUUGCAAGCAUUGCAAAAAUAAAAUAAAUUCAAAUCACGUCGAAGACGUUAAGCGGCACGAGGACGUUAUCGAUGGAUGUGCGAAUAGAUUGCACGAGGACCUUAAUCCUGGGGUGAUAACGAAGGAUAACGAGAGGCCAAAUAUCGAGCCGAUCUUUUCGUUGCCAAACGGACGUUUACCGAGUUUCGUAACGUCGCGACACGUCAAAACGGACCCCAAGACGUCCACGGUCUUCUCCAUUAGCAACAAUGUAAAUAAUGCAAACUCAAUGGCUUUUAAGCAAUUGAAUUACGAUAAGAACGACAUCGAAGCUAGACUCACGCGAUACGAGGUCGACGAUAAGAUCGCUGUCAAGGGUAAAAAAAAUCGCGGAGGGAUGAAGAUCAAUUCUAUCUACUCCCAGGAACACUGGAGCGCGAAGGAUACGCCGAUAUUUCUCACGGAAUCGAAGGAGCAAGAGCAGAGUCCGUUCCAGAGGGCUUAUUCCCUCCCCGCCCGAACCCAUACACCAUCCUCGCAGAACCGGGUCAAUCUACGACGUAGCGUUAGGGGUGAGCCACCACCACAUCCUGCAAGACUUCGUAAGCAUCGUCAUGGCUGGACGCUCCAUUUUGCAAGGCCUCUCAAUGGAACGGGAUGCACUAGGUCUAUCGUUGUCCUUCUCCUGGUGAUACUUAUUCUCCUAGGAGUUGGCGGUGUGGCUCUUUACAUAGUCUUCGAGCCGGACAAGCUUCAGAUCAUUCAGCAGUACCUGAAGUCAUCCGGGCAGAACGUCUCAGCAAGUGAGAGCUCUUCCGAGACGACAAUGAUGAUGAUGAUGGACGUCGUCGUCGACAUAAGUAAUGACAGUACGAGCGAGCCAACAACUAUGAGGACAACGAGCUUUAUUCCUGAAUAUACAGUAACGUCACUUCCGGAGACAACAGUGUCACCGGAACCGGAAGUAGAUGCCAACCGCACAGAGAUAACGCUGGAUCUGAAUGCCACUAGGUACUGCGACGAUUGCGUAGUCGGUGAGGUCUGCGUUGCUCUCGUAGACGAGGAAGUUCCUACCUGCAGAACUGGCCCGGAUCCUCAUGAUCCCACAGGAUGCGCUGGACUAUGUCUCAUCAAUAAACAGAAAUGCCACCGUCUCGACGUGGACGCGUUCAGAUGCGCCGUGGUCGAGCAUUACUGCCUGGAUGACGAAUGGACAUGUUCUAAUACACUUUGCAUACCGUUGGUCAAACGCUGCGACGGUCAUAUGAAUUGUUACGACCGUUCAGACGAGUAUAACUGCGUGUGCGAUCUUCAGACACAUUUUCAAUGUGGGGAUGAAACUUCUUGCCUUCCGCUGGAGAGGAGGUGCGACGGGAAGAUCGAUUGCUGGGAUGCCAGCGACGAGAUGAACUGCACUCUUGGUCAUGAUCUUGAUUGGUCCUGCCCAUUGGACAGUGAAUUCACCUGCAGCAAUGGACAGUGCAUAUUGAAGGCUCGCUUUUGCGACGGACUACCAGACUGUGCUGAUGGCUCGGAUGAACCUCAUGGAUGUCAGGGUAGAUGUAACAAGCAUGAAUUUAGUUGCCGGAAUGGCCGAUGCAUUACCAAACAAAUGAAGUGCAACGGUAUUGAUGACUGCGGUGAUGGGACUGACGAGCAACACUGCAGAGAGAGAUUUACUUAAAUGAUUUUUAAAGAAAGCUGCAAUCAACGCUGGACGAUCGCAAGGAUCGUUCUAUGCCACUGUGGACUUUGUACGAUACAGUAUUUUUGCCUAGAGAUUCAUAAAUAAUAUAUAUACACAUAUAAAUAAUAAUGUAAAGCUACAUACAUGGAAAUGUAUGAUAAUGAAGAAAGAAGUAAAAAAUAAAAUAAAUUGAGAAGUA